GCGCAAUGAACUACGCUACUUUCGGCUUUGACUUGAGAAAGGCUCUGCAAAAUGCCAAAUCCAAAACUGAGUCCUCACUUUUUGGUUAGGAGUUAGCUUAGUUCUUCUGAUUGUGCAGAAGGAAAAGGAGAAAUGGAGACAGAGCACGAGAUCUCAAAUGGUAUUGGAAGCUUGUAUGUCAAGGUGAUGACAGACGAACAAAUGGAACUUCUGAGGCAACAGAUUUCUGUCUACGACACCAUAUGUGACCGCCUCGUUGAGAUGCACAAGGCCAUAACUACCCAACAGGACCUCGCAGGACUUGGGUUGGGUAAUUUGUACUGUGAUCCACUUAUGGCUUGUUCUGGACACAAGAUAACUGCGAGGCAGCGUUGGACUCCAACGCCUCUUCAGCUUCAAAUACUCGAGCGUAUUUUUGAUGAAGGCAAUGGUACUCCAAGCAAACAGAAGAUCAAAGACAUAGCCAUUGAACUUGGUCAACAUGGUCAAAUAUCAGAGACAAAUGUCUAUAAUUGGUUUCAGAAUAGAAGAGCUCGUUCAAAACGUAAGCAACUAGCUCCCACACUAAGCAAUGUGGAACCAGAGGCUGACACAGAAUUUGAAUCUCCGAAAGACAAAAAGACACGUUCAGAGAGCGUUCAACUUCAAUCCUACGAGAAUUCAUCACCUCAUAGGGCCAAGGAUUUAUACAUCGAGAGUCCUGAUAGAGGAUUUGACCAAUUGAUGGGUAAAGUGGAAGCUGCAGGCUACUACAGUUCUUAUUUUCUUUGAGCAAUCUGUGAAAUGACUGGCUUAAUUCUCAAUUCUCGAAUUGUGCUGCUUGAUUGCAGCUUGUUGAAUUCAAGAUUGUCGAUGAUACUGUUAUAUAUUUUGGAGCUUUCAUCCAAAAAAUGUUGAUGAACCACAAAUGAUGUGUCACA